CACUUACAAGAGAGAUCCCAGCAUCAACAGAUCGAAAAAGAAAAAAAAGAAAAAAAAGAAAAGCAAGAAUCAAUUAGAAAAAAAAAAUCAAACUUUUUUCGAUCGCAAUAGAAAACUGGGGCGAAUUAGGGCUCAAAAUGCCGCUAUUGGGAAUCCCACUAAGCCCUUUCUAGGGGUUCAUCUUCCGAGGUUUUAUGCGUUUAGCGGUUUUGAUCCUGGUCCAGUUUCAGUUUCAGUUUAAAAAGCGGAAAAUUUCUUCGAAAUUUGAUUUCGAUAUGGGCUUUGACCAAGGGAUCAUGCCUUCAACGCUGCAGAAUCGAAACAUGCUCUCUUUUCAAUCAGGGAGUGGGUAUAGCAAUCCACAGGGGAUGGCAGGUCCUGUAAAUUUGGGGAAUUCUGGUUUAUUCUUCACUGGAAACCCUAGCUUGGUGAAUAAUAGCAUAGCUGCUGUUGGGGGUCAAGCUGGGGCUUCGUCGAGCAAUACGCAGCUCGAACCAGUUCCCGGGAUCAGGCAGGAUUCUGGGUUGUCGCCGGAGUGGACUUUUGAGGAGCAGAAUAUGCUGAAACAAGGGCUUAUUAAAUAUGCUGGUGAACAUGGUAUGAUGAAGUAUAUCAAGAUCGCUGCAAUGAUGCGUCGGAAGACUGUAAGGGAUGUUGCUUUGAGGUGCCGGUGGCUAGCUGAAAACAGCAAGCGGCGAAAAUUAGAAGACUAUUAUGCAGGAAAAAGAAUGUACAGUGGGAAGGAAAAAAUGGUGGAUUCUUGCUCAAGCGGAAACAGAUAUGUGGUCAACCAAGGCGCCUCUGCGUCUUAUUCUCCAAUGAUGCACCAGGGGAACCAGAAUGAUCUAUUUUCACCUGAAGUUCCAGCUCUGGAUGGUGCGACUCAGCAGCUUGUGGAUGAAAACAAUCAGAUGCUUCAUCAGAUUUCAUCUAAUCUUGCAACAUACAAGGUACAACAAAAUAUUGAUUUGUUCUGUCAUACAAGAAACAAUAUCACAACCAUCCUAAAUAACAUGAGCAAUAUGCCUAGCAUAAUGAGUCAGAUGCCUCCUUUGCCUGUGUCAGUAAAUGAAGAACUUCUUAGUGCUCUUGUAUCCUAUCGAAAUCAGGCAUUCAUGUUUAGUGGCCCUGGCAUCAAUUUGGAGCAGCAGACAAAACAUGAUCACCAAUGAUAGGAUGUGCUCAAAUUUAACCUUUUGUAAUUACAACAUUCUCAUCUGGGACUUCUCUCAUGUAUGUAAAGUUAAAUGUUUUGGAAUUUGAAGAGACAAUAUCAUAGUAUUCCUAGUAUUCAGGUAAUAAAAGCCUUCGCUUGAUAUAAUUUUUCUCUGCUCCAGAUUGUAUUUUUGGACUUCCGCGGGGAGGGGAAGCAUGAAAUACUGUAAAGUUUUGGAUGUUCAUCUCAUGCUAUCCUCCAUGGAAAUGUAUUCUUCUGUAACAGUUACGUGGGCAGAUAUUUAUGCUGUAUAACCUGGAGAAGCCUGUGAUUGUUGGAUUUGGAUUUUCUUUAUAUAUUUUUGUUGAGCUAUUUUCUUUUUUCAACCCUCUCAGAUGUUAAAUGUAGAACGGAAUGUUGCCUUAAUCUUGUUGUACCUGAGUGUAUUGGAGCUUAGGUGUUUUAGAUAA